AUGGACGAUAGCAUGGACUCUACUUCAGAUGACCACACAGGAAUAGAACUGUACAGACAGUUAUCAGAAUUGUGGGAAAGAGCUGGAAUGCAUGCGAGAAAAUGGCUAUCGAAUUCCCCAAAGGUGCUGGAACAAAUACCGGUCGAUGACAGAGCCUCCGAGGUAGACUUAGACCAAGGCCAUCUACCAUCGGUAAAGACGCUUGGGGUACUGUGGGUAGCUGAGGAGGACAUGUUCACCUACAAGGCACACCCACCAGGAAAGGAAUUCAAGUUUACAAAGCGGAAUUUUCUCAAGAGUAUCGCAACACUCUUCGAUCCCUUGGGUUUUCUAGCACCAUACACCGUUCGCGCCAAAAUCAUUCUACAGGAAAUGUGGACCACCGGGAUAGACUGGGAUGAACAGAUGAAAGAGGAACAAGCAAAAAAGGCAAGACAAUGGUUCCAAGAGUUAGAGUCCCUACAGUGCGUACGAGUUCCGCGAUGCCUGAAACCUAAUUUUGAUGAGGUGAUUUCAACAAGUUUACAUUCGUUUGCCGACGCUUCAACAGCGGCGUAUGGAGCAGUGGUGUACGCAAGAAGUGAGUACAAAAAUGGGAUCGUUACUGUACGAAUGGUGGCAUCGAAAUCAAAGGUCGCACCGCUUACAGCCAUGAGUAUAGGACGUCUUGAGUUGAUGGGGGCAGUGUUGGGAUUGAGAUUGAGUAUGUCAAUAGCCAAGGCAUUAGACAUUGAUCCAAGCUUAACCACGUAUUGGUCAGACAGUAUGAACGUGCUAUGGUGGAUACACCGACCAAGUAGAGUCUUCAAGUCAUUUGUAGCAAACCGAAUCGGAGAGAUCCAAUCAUCAAGUAACCCUAACCAAUGGAGAUACGUGCCAACCGAUGACAAUCCAGCGGAUUUUGUCACGAGAGGAUUAACAGUUCCAGAACUUGCCGAAAAGAUUUCAUGGUGGGAAGGACCGAGUUACCUCAAAGAGAAACCAUCAGACUGGCCAAUAAACAAGAUCCCACAUGCCAGUGCAUCUGAUACAGAAGUAAGGAAAACAAAAAGGUGCCAGCUAGACACCUGCGAUAAAAGAGGCAGAACUAUGGUGGUUAUCAAAGGAGAAGACGAACCGCGCUUAGAACCAAAACGUUUUUCGAGUUGGUUGAGACUAACCAGAAUCCAAGCAUGGAUUUACCGUUUCCUGAACAACUGCUUACUUCCAAGCAGUAAACGAACAAGGGAUGAGCUGACUGUCGAGGAAAUCCAGGAUGCUGAGAACAGGAUCAUAAAAGCAGCACAGAAAAGGGCAUUUGAAGCAGAGUAUUCAGCAUUAUCCUCUGGAAAACCACUUCCCAUCACCAGCAAGUUACUUACGUUAAAGCCAAGACUGGACGACGACGGUGUGAUGAGGUCAGAUGGCCGAUUAGAGAAUGCCGAGUACUUACCAUACGAUGUCAAGUAUCCCAUAAUAUUGCCUAGAAAAGAGUGGGUAACGAGGCUGAUAGUAAGGUGGUUUCAUCAGCAAGGAAAUCACACAGCAGGGACAAACCAAACGUUAGCAAUGCUUUCGUCGCGUUUCUGGGUAAUGCAAGGUCGAGAAGAAAUUAGAGAGUGCGAAGGAGAAUGUUACGAAUGCCGAAGAAGAAAAGCAAAGGCAGCUCAGCAAAUCAUGGCACCUCUACCAAAGAUCAGGCUUAAGAUGCCGCUUCGUGCUUUCGCUCGCACAGCAGUUGAUUUUGGAGGCCCGUUUAUAACAAUCCAAGGAAGAGGACAGCGUAGAGCUAAAAGAUACCUUUGCCUGUUCACGUGCUUAACUUCAAGAGCGGUACAUCUGGAGAUUGCAUUUGGUCUCGACACUGAUUCAUUUCUCAAUGCGUUUUAUCGAAUGGCAAGUCGACGAGGGCUUCCAGAAGAAAUGAUUUCGGAUAAUGGAACCAAUUUCGUGGGAGGCGAUCGAGAACUACGAGAGCUGGUAGAGAAACUAGACAAGAACAAGAUUGCAAGUUCAAUUGCAAAUAGAGGGGUAAAAUGGCAUUUCAACCCUCCUCUGGCUCCUCACUUUGGGGGCGUACACGAGACGAUGAUCAAGGCAGCUAAGAGAGCAAUAUGUGGAAUAUUAGGAAAUGCUGAUGUAACAGACGAGGAGUUGAUGACAGCUUUUACAGGUGCUGAAGGACUUAUAAACUCUCGACCGUUAACCUAUCAGUCAGCCAAUCCAGCAGAUAACGUCCCAUUAACACCGAACCAUUUCCUUCAUGGUCAGGUCGGCGGAAAGUUCGCUCCCGAAUCCGUAGACGAGACAGAUUUUAAUCUUCGAAAAAGAUGGAGACGCGUUCAAGAACUAGUUCGACAUUUUUGGAACCGCUGGAUGCGAGAAUGGUUACCGAAGUUAAAUGCAAGGAAAAAGUGGUUCAAACAAGGCAAAGACUUAAAAGUUGGCAACACAGUAUUAGUAAUUUCUCCGGAUACGCCACGUGGACAAUGGCCGUUGGGCAGAAUAACUGAGACGAUUCUUGGCAAAGAUGGACAUGUGAGAGUUGCUAAAGUCAGGAUUGGACAGAAAAUCUUUGAAAGGCCUAUAUCAAGAUUAUGCCCGCUGGAGUGCGAAAUAGAUGAUUGA